AGUUCAGGGAAGUACAUCGUCAGUACGCUAGUUUUGACGUGCCUGCAUCAGUGAAGUGCUCGCGUUGCAUCAUUCCGCCGCUGAGGAGAAUACUACUGCUUCACCCUUUUGUGUCCGCGAAAAAAAGGUAUGUCUUUCAGUAAACUAUCUGCAUGCCUUUUAAUCGAAUAUGUGUGUUUCAAUUCUCAUAUGGAGAUAACCGUUACUCGUUCUUUCUAUUGCCGGGUAUUUUGUGCGACAUGACAAAGCCACAUGGAAUAUACCUUUACGUUACCGUGUGUCGAGCAGAGCUACACAGUAUUUGUUUGAAUAAAUGUGAUGGGGACUCACAUUAUGAAACGGUUUCUGUUUUUCUUUUAUAAUGGGUAAUGAUCUGGAUCUAACUGUGUUUUGCUGCCACGAAUUGAUAAAUUAUACUUCGUAACACGAUGAUACAUUGUAGGGUGGGGCUUGCCCAAUUCUGUCAUCAGCUUUCCUGAAUGUGAUUCAGCACUCAAGCAGCUGUCAAUGUAACAGCAUACUUCCGUCCCUCUCUUCGCCGCUACCUGGCCUUGAACGAGGGACCCUCUGCACACAUCGAUUACGGACACUCUCCGAAGCAUCGUUGCACGUCGCUCCACAAAAGCCGCGGUCCUAGCAGAGCAAGGGAAACAACUACUUCAAGGUCUCAGAGCGAGUGACGUCACCGAUUGAAACGCUACUAACGCGCACCGCUAACUAGCUAGCCAUUUCACACCGGUUACAUCAAUCUGCCAAUGCUGUAGUACACAUUUUGGAAAGCUAUGUUUUAAAAUCUCACUUACUGCUAAAUUAUAUGAAAUCCACGGCCCAAUACACACCGCUUAAUACGUUUUUGACAUCAAUAGUUUUGUAAAAAGUAUGAUAGUGUGGUGUCUUAUAGUUUCCUAUCUGAUUUGCAAAGGUACAAUAUGUCCAAUAGUCCGUUGUAUAACCCUUUUUCUUCCUUCUCAGUUGAAAGGUUGUAAAGAACAGUUGCUGAAGGGGCACUAGUCUCUAGACCAUCUGCUCUGCCUCUUGUUGCAUGUAUUUAUUACCCCCUCUCUCUCUUUCUCCCUUCCCCCUAUCUCUCUCUCUAUCUCCUUUCUCUCCCCCUCACCUCUCCAGCCCCAGGAUGUGUGGUAUAUGGGCCUUGUUUGGCAGUGAUGAGUGCCUGUCGGUUCAGUGCACCAGCGCUAUGAAGAUCGCCCACCGGGGCCCAGACGCUUUUCGCUUUGAGAAUGUCAACGGCUUCACUAACUGUUGCUUUGGCUUCCAUCGCCUGGCUAUCGUAGACCAGCUGUAUGGCAUGCAACCCAUCCGCAUCAAGAAGUUCCCCUACCUCUGGCUCGUCUACAAUGGAGAGAUCUACAACUACCACAAGGUAUGUCUAGCCUGGAAUCUACAUUGUUUCAGUUUCACCAAUCACAGGCUCAAUAAGUCUACAAACGCCACAGUUGUUAUGGCCCAUAUACACAUAAGGUAUAGCCUGGAAUCCACAUUUUUUCACAUCACAAAUCCCAGGCUAUGGUAGGAGAUCUACAAACCACACAGUAGUUAUGGCCCAUAGACACAUAAGGUAUAGCCUGGAAUCCAAACUUCUGGACCCCAGGCAACUGUAGGUAUGGAAAUGGGACCAGGCCUUUGGGAAAUGGCCAAGUUUUGGUGUGGAACAUAUUCAGUUUCUACUUGCUAGUCACGAAGCAGGGACAUAAUAAUGUUAGUGUGGUAAUGGCUUUAGGCCAGGCAACUCCUCCUUUCUUAAAAAGGCACUAUCUCUAUGCCAAAGGGACUUCAAAUUGUAUUGGUCACAUACACAUGUUUAGCAGAUGUUAUUACGGGUGUAGCGAAAUGCUUGUGUUUCUAGCUCCACCAGUGCAGUAAUAUCUUAACAAUUCUUAACGAUACACACAAUCUAAAAGUGAAAUAAUGGAAUUAAGAAAUAUAUAAAUAUUAGGAUGAGCAAUGUCGGAGUGGCAUAGACGGAAAUGCAGUAGAAUAGAAUACAGUAUAUACAUAUGAGUAAAGCAAAAAUAUGUAAACAUUAUUAAAGUGACUAGUGUUCUAUUAUUAAAGUGGCCAGUGAUUUCAAGUCUAUUUAUAUAGGGCAGCAGCCUCGAAGGUGCAGGGUUACGUAACCGGGUGGAAGCCGCCUAGUGAUGGCUAUUUAACGGUCUAAUGGCCUUGAGAUAGAAGCUGUUUUUCAGUCUCUUGGUCCCAGCUUUGAUGCACCUGUACUGACCUCGCCUUCUGGAUGAUAGCGGGGUGAACAGGCAGUGGCUCGGGUGGUUGUUGUCCUUUAUCUUUUUGGCCUUCCUGUGACAUCGGGUGCUGUAGAUGUCCUGGAGGGCAGGUAGUUUGCCCCCGGUGAUACGUUGGGCAGACCGCACCACCCUCUGGAAAGCCCUGCGGUUGCGGGCUGUGCAGUUGCCGUACCAGGCGGUGAUACAGCCCGAUAGGAUGCUUUCAAUUGUGCAUCUGUAAAGGUUUGUGAGGGUUUUAGGUGCCAAGCCAAAUUUCUUAUGUGUCCAAACUUUUGUUCAUGUGAGUUUGAGAAAACCGUGAGCGAAGAAAGUAGGAAGAUCAUAUUGAUAAUGGUAUUCUCAGUCUUAAAAUACAAUGCAUUAACUUAUUAUAUCACACAUCUUAUGUACCCUGCACCUUAGGAAAUUGUUGGAUGCGAUUGUGCGUAACCUACUUACAAUCCAUUGUGAUUAUAAGCAUGUAAUUUAUGUAAUGAGCACGUACACUCCCCUAUGUAUUUAUUUGGACAGUGAAGCUAAAACUUUUCAUUUGGCUCUAUACUCCAGCAUUUUGUGAUUUGAGAUCAAAUGUUUUAUAUGUGGCGAUAGUACAGAAUGUCACCUUUUAUUUGAGGGUAUUUUCAUACAUAUCUGUUUUACCGUUUAGAUAAUGACGAGUGACUGCAAUUACAUUUUAUAAUACCUUGCAACCUUUCCUAUCUUUUGUAGAAGACAUGGACCCAGUUAAUUUCACAACUCCAUAAACCAACCCAAAUGACAAUUUAUAUCAUUAUUUUUUAAAACUUUUUGUUUGAUUUAUAUUUUUGUUUCUUUUUGUUAUUUUAUUAUAUUACUCAAAUUCUAUAUCAUGCCUGCUUUAAGUCUGAUAUGGGGAUGGGGCUCUGUUGGAGCAUGGGGGGGUUGGGGUGGGUUUGAUUUGGUAGGGGAUCCGUGUGUGUUUUGCCCUCUACCUGUGCUGUGUGUGUUAUCUGUAUAAUCAUUCAAAAUGCCAAAUAAAAAAAACUUGAGAGAGAACUAAAUGACAAGUGAGAAAGUAACAGAUGCAUAAAUAUCAUUCCCCCCCUAAAAAUGCUAACCUGUUAUAUGUAAUAGUGAGAGGGUGGCAUGUUCUGGGGGCAUGAUCUUUGUGCAUCUGUAAUUCAUCAUUAUUCACGAUUCAAUCAUGAUCAUCUGUAAUCAUGGUAGAAUCCACAUUAAUUUAGAAGUGUUCCGAAACAUAUUCUAUUGUUAUUUGCAAUAAAAGUGAUUCCAAAAUGACACAAUACAUUAUUUACUAUUCAUUUCUUUUGGGCACAACAUAAUCCGAAACACAAUCAAACAAACUGCAAAUGCAUUCAACAAGUUUGUAGGAAUAUGGGACCAAAUACUAAACUUUUGACUAAAUGUAAUAAACUAUAUGUGAAUUUGUCCAAAUACUUAUGACACCUUCAAAUGGGGGGACUAGAUACAUAAAGCACAUUCAUUUCUAAACGGUAAAACCGAUAUGUAUGAAAAUACCCUCAAAUAAAAGGUGACGUUCUGCCGCCUCAUAGAAAACACUUGAUCUCAAAUCCAAAAUGCUGGAGUAUAGAGCCAAAGGUUUUUGCUUCACUGUACAAAUAAAUAUGUAGGGGAGUGUAUGUCAUGAGCAUGUAUGACCACUUGUAAUGUCUUAUAUCUCAUAAUAAUCCUGAUACUUUUUUCCAUCCUUCUUUAGCUGAAGGAGCAGUUUGAGUUUACUGACUACCAGACCAAAGUAGACGGUGAGAUCCUGCUUCACCUGUACGAGCGCUUCGGCAUUCAGAAGAUGGCGUCCCUAUUGGACGGAGUGUUCGCCUUCGUCCUCCUGGACACAGCCAAUAGGAAGGUGUUCCUGGGGAGGGAUACGUAUGGCGUGCGGCCCAUGUUCAAACUACUGACCGACAACGGCUUCCUGGCUGUGUGCUCUGAGGCUAAAGGUGAGAGGGGACUACUUACUUAAUAUCUCCUUUGGGGUUGAGCGGUUUUGGUUGCUACACAAGUGGAUUAAAGAACAAUCCCUAUUCAGGAUCGGAUUGGAUUAACUUUAUUGUUUGAGUAAAAUAAAAUAAAGAAUAUUGUGUAAUUACAAAAACUGCUCAACUCUAUUGCUAUGCAACUGAAAUUAAAUUAGUAAAGUACAAUGUAACAUGUUAAUAAGAUGUUACUAGUGUAUAAUGAUAGUGUUACUAUACAUGUAUGAUAACAACAACGUAAUGUAAAGUGUUACCAUGGUAGUUCUUAUACAUGUUAUUUGUGUUUGUUCCCAGGUCUGACUGAUAUUACCCACUCCAUGUCCUCUCCUCCUAAGAUCACUCCGUUCCUCCCAGGGCACUUUGAGGUGUUUGACCUGAAGCCCACUGGGAAGGUAGAGUCUAUUCAGAUGGACCGCUUCCACUGCUGCACCCAGGAGCCCAACCACGCUGCCUAUGACACAGUAGAGAGGCUACCCUCCGGUACACACACACACACAAACACACAUAUCCAUAGUAUUUCCAUAACAUCACUAUCUUGAUUGACAGCGGCCAAAAUGUGGGUCAAGGUUACUGAUUAUUUAACAGUGCCACUACCUGUAGCUAGCUAUCAGUGAACGGUGACAAAUGUUGUUUGACACCUAAGAUGAAGGGAGGAAUGGCUCACUGAUUAUUGUUUCAGGAUGCACCUUUUUGGUAUUGAGGGCAUUGCCACGAAUGAAGCCUCUUGUAUAACUGAAAUCAUUGUAGUCACUGACAAUAGGAGUUGGAUGUGUAGUAUGUUAGAGUUGAUUUGCUGGUCUUUAACCAUUCAGUUGACUGGUCCCUGUGUGAUGACAGUAAGAUCUCUUGCUGUCCCCUGUAGGUUUUGUCCCAGAGACAGUGAAGAGCAACAUCCGGUCUUUGUUUGAGAACGCUGUCCGGAAACGCCUCAUGGCCCACAGGAGGAUUGGAUGUCUUCUCUCAGGUACAAAUAAUGGCUAUUACGGAGUAUCUUUGUGUAGUGUCACACAUGAAAGCUUGUGGUUUGAGUAAGUAAUGUUUGAGAUCUGUUACUUGUCGUUUUCACUUAUGCUUGUCUGCAAAUAAAUGAGAAUACAUGCUUAUUAUCAUUACACCAUAGGUCAAAUUACACGUUUGAUAAGCUAGUAAAUCAUGUUUAUGACUGAUACUAUAUAUUUCUGCCAGGUGGUCUGGACUCCAGUCUGGUGGCAGCUACGCUGGUCAAACUAGCCAAAGAAGAGAAGUUGAAGUACCCCAUCCAGACCUUCGCUAUCGGGGCUGAAGACAGCCCAGACAUCCUGGCUGCUCGCAAGGUGAGUGAGGCUCUCUCCAGCCUCCAUAGAGAGACUCUGCAUUAUAGUAAAGAGGAUAUUGUUAUGGAACAGGUUGGGUAGGUUAGGUCUUAGGAGCAUGAUUAAACACUUCCACACUCAUCCCCCAGGGGGCAGCAGCAACCGGGUCUAGGUUCUCUGUCAAGCCUUGAUGAAGUGCACAGGUGCAGGCAAUCAGGUGCAAGCAAUCAGGUUGAGCGGGGAUCCUUCAGAGGUGGCCAUAGAGCAGGGUUCUUCAAUUUCGGUCCUGGAGGGCCGAAACACCUCUGUUUUUCAUCCUCUCCUUCUAAUCAGGGGCUAAUUCAGACCUGGGACACCAGGUGAGUGCAAUUAACUACCAGGUAGAAAUAAAAAACAGAAGUGUUUUGGCCUUCCAGGACCGGAAUUGAAGAACCCUGCCAUAGAGCCUCUCGGCCUGCCGGUCUUUGUUUUUUGUUAACCUCUUUAGUUUUGGACCGGCCUUUUGAAGUUAAUUUUUGUAAAUAUGUAUGUUGGUCACCCUUUUCAACAACGAACAAUAAUCCACUUGGGCUAGCCAACCCAUAGGAGUCAGGACGGAGCUGGGCCUGGAUCCUGGUAAGUUUGCUGUCUCCUAGGCACAUGUACAUACAACACGGUCCUCAUACGCUGAUUUCUCACAUAGAUGCACCUUAAAUCAGGUUACAGACCAGUUAACUAUGCCUAAGACUCCUAGACUAAGCGAGUGCAACAAUAUUAGCAGCUAAUCAAUCGGUUUCAUAACAGUAUAACUUCAUAAUCAGUAAUAAUCAAACUAUUUUUGUAGCAUCUUUUACCCAAUACAUUACAGCUCACAGGGCAUAAUAUGUUGACGGCAAUAAAUUGAUAAUACGUGAAUGAAUGUCUUGUAUUGUUCCAGGUGGCGUCCUACAUCGGCAGUGAGCACCACGAGGUGGACUUCACCCCUGAGGAGGGUGUCAAAGCCUUGGAGGAGGUCAUCUUUCACCUGGAGACCUAUGACAUCACCACCAUACGCGCCUCUGUUGGUGAGGGAGUACACUGUCCCGUCUUAGAUCAGCCUAGAUCUCCAAACACCAAGCAGAAGUGGUAUCCCACUUAAGCUGAAUUAAUAGGCUAUGAGGGUGACGCAUUUGUGAAAUACGUAGACACUAGACAGUUUUGUUGUACCUUCUCAAUGUGCCCACUGACCUGGACAAAAGGAGUCUGGUCAGGCUGCAUUCCUUUUCCUACUGAUUGGCUUGUUUGAAUCCUAGUGGAAUUCUAGGAGAUUAGUGAGUGUGGCCUGUCAAUAGAGAGGAGCUAUCAGCCAGACCUGGGCCAAAUAUGUGGAUCAAAUACGUGAUUCAGUUUGCCUGGUACAAUGGAACCAAUGGAAUAGUCCCAAAAGUGCAAACUUGAAGUAAAGACCAAAGUUCAUGUGAUGAUCAGUUUACUUUAAUUUACUUAUUUUCAGCCAAAUACAGAUGGUUUUAUUUGCCCCUAGAUGGCGCAAGAACCUUUCAUAAGAAAUGAAUAUUUGGCAAGGUUUAUGUUAUACUGCAAGGGACUACUUCAAUUCAAUUCUCAUUCUGCAGGCAUGUACCUAGUGUCAAAGUACAUCCGUGAGAAGACUGACAGCGUGGUGAUCUUCUCUGGGGAGGGCUCUGACGAGCUUACACAAGGAUACAUCUAUUUCCACAAGGUAAGUCUGUUCCACAUCAGAUGUCAUUCUCUCCCACUCACCAAUUUUCAUGUACUAGACAGGGCUGUGGUGAGUGGAGUAGUUAAUUCAGGAAGUGCAUGAAUUUUCAUUGUCAUAGAAAUCAAUUGGAAAUUCCUGGUUUGACUUAAUUGAAAUGGAAUUGAACCCAACCCUGGAACCAGUUGUUAUGUCUGGGAAUAUGAACUGAGUUGUUGUGUUUCCUGCUCCAGGCUCCCACGCCCAAGGCAGCAGCGGAGGACAGUGUUCGUCUGAUGAAGGAGCUCUACCUGUUUGACGUCCUGAGAGCCGACCGCACAACCGCUGCACAUGGGCAAGGGCAUCAAACUAUUUUUCACUAAAUUCAUUACUUUUUACAUCCAUUCCUCAAACUCAUCAGACCACUAUCUUCUUUCUUUCUUUCUUUCUUUCUUUCUUUCUUUCUUUCUUUCUUUCUUUCUUUCUUUCUUUCUUUCUUUCUUUCUUUCUUUCUUUCUUUCUUUCUUUCUUUCUUUCUUUCUUUCUUUCUUUCUUUCUUUCUUUCUUUCUUUCUUUCUUUCUUUCUUUCUUUCUUUUGAGAAGCUAUAGGUUCAUUACAGAAGAUCUAAGAUUUAAAGAUGGCACCUAACUGACUUCCUCUUCUCUCCUCUACAGUCUGGAGCUGAGAGUGCCUUUCCUGGACCACAGAUUCACAGCGUACUACCUCUCCCUGCCUGAGGAGAUGAGGCAGCCAAAGGUCAGUCUCCUCAGCCCUAAUCACCAUAUCCUCACUAUCCCAAUCUCCCUAUCCUGUAGAUUUGGCUCUGAUGAGAUAAUGGAGUAUGAAAUCGGAAGUAAUGUAUUAUUGCAAAAGUGUCUCGAGGGAUUGUUGUCAGUGUUGUGUAUCCAAAUCAGAGUCCUUGAAGCAAAAAUCAGUCUCCAAACAUGUAAAGGAUUCCGGUGCUAUAAUUCCAAACAGUUCAGUUUCACUGAGGGAUGUAUGUGUGUGUAUAACCAGGAUGGAGUGGAGAAGCACCUCCUCAGAGACUCAUUUAAAGGUCUGAACCUGAUCCCAGACGAGAUCCUAUGGAGACGUAAAGAGGCCUUCAGCGAUGGAAUGACGUCUGUCAAGAAGUCCUGGUACAACAGCCUGCAGGAUCAAAUGGAGUCUGAGGUACACAUUCACAUAGUCAGACACACAGCAGGCACGCACAUACUCACACAGGCACGCUGGCACACAUGACAUAUGCAGACACACGUGCACACACACACAUUCUGACUCCUUCUUUCUCUCCUCCAAGGUGAACGACUACCAGCUGGAGAAAGCUCCUAAGACGUUCCCGUUCCUCCCUCCCAGAACCAAAGAGGCGUACUUCUACCGCCAGGUGUUUGAGAAGCAGUACCCGGGCCAGGCUGAGUGGCUCAGCCACUACUGGAUGCCUCGCUGGAUCAAUGCUACAGACCCCUCAGCCAGAACCCUCUCCAUCUACAAGCCUGACAAGGACCAGUGAUACAGCAAGAACAGUGGCUCUCUUCCAAUAUCCUCACUAGCGUAGCACUUAGAAUGAAGCAGUCUAUUGAGCAUGUAUGCAUUCUAAGUGGUAUGCUAGUAUGGAUAUUGGAACGUAGACCGUGUCAGCUAUCAAUCACUUCUGUCACCAUUACUACACCUCCCCUUCACAACAUACCUGUCUGAUGCUAGAGUUGUGACGAUUAUGGCAUUUUUGGGUAACGAUUAAUUGUCAUGCAAAUAGCCAUGGUUAUUGUCGUUUUUAUUAAAAUGUUUUGACCUUGUAAUGCAUCAUAAUUCAUCUUCAGCUACGACAUACCUAAUUAGUUACGACAUACCUAACGAAUACAGCACCGCUUUCGUGACACCCCUGUAUCAAAAACGAGCUUCUCCUUCCGACUGUGCCGCUCGCAAAAUGAUUACCAUCUUUACCCACUUCAUGAAAAACUGCUAUUGGGUAUACUAUGUCUACUUGAAUAUAAAGUUGAAUCCCCUCUUCUCCUAAAAUGAAUGUAUUAAGACUAUUAUUGACCAUUUUCUUUGUUCACGGUUAUUGUCCAUAAUUGUCGGUUAGACGAUUAUAUGAUAAUUGUUCCAGCCCUAUGCAGGAAUCAUC